AUGCUCUGGUUUUUAAUAAGCUGGCUAUUAAGUACGGCUACUGCUAAUCUCCGCUGUUUACAAUCUGAUGACUUGCUAGGUAGUGACAGUGUGACCUGCUCUCGCUUCAAUACGGAAUGCUGGUUUCAUUACGUAGCUUUUAAUAAUUCCGGCAAAGUAACAGAAGGCAUAGAGAGAAAGUGCGAAUUACGUAGCACCUGUGAAAUUUAUGGAAUCAGGAACAAGUGCAUGUCAUUAACCAAACUCUCAAUAUACGGACAGUACGAUUUCUUUGCUUUCCUCAAAGCAAAGUAUCCAUCUAUUACCGAAGAGAGCAUCAUAAGAACCGAUUUUUGUUGCUGUGCUGAUUAUGAUUGCAACUUAGAUGGUCCAAAUCUUCGUGAAAGGCUUGUAAAAGGUCUCCACGACCUGCAUAAUCCUUCUUUCCUUGAAGCUGAUUCUUGUGCCUAUUUUCGUUUUGCUAUAGUACCAAUAAUUGUAUUAAUAGUACAUUGA